AUGGCUGCCGAUAAAGAAGACUACACUCCGUUUGACCCUGUGCGAUGUGCACACUACGCUCGGUUUGCUUCUCAACUCCAUAGAUGGCAGUUCGAUCUUCUAUACUGGCUUCUUUUUGUCUUUAACCUAUUUGUGCUGUUCCUUGCGGCAUGGAACUAUACUCGCACAUUAGACGCCGUGAGCGAUCUUUCCGACACGGAUCCAAAACGAAAAAAGGCCGUCAAGCGGUGCAUCUGGUUCAACCUGGCAUGUGUGUGUGUGUCACUGGUGACCGUCAUCAUGGAAGUGUUCACAUUGAUGGCACUGCAAUUCUGUGAUGGUGAGGAUCUUAUGUCACUCUACUGGUCAACCUUCACCAUGAUUCAGGUUGGAUCUCUCAUUGCCGUGUGCGGAGUCAUUCUAGCUCUCGUGCACUCUCUGAGACAACGAAAGCACCCGCCUUGGGCUCUUGCUUUGGGCACGCCCGUUCUGGUUAUCGCAGGCUUAUUUCACUACUUCCACAGCUGCAUGUCAAGAAGACUGAAGAAGGCCGUGAGGAAGAGGAAGAUGAGCGACGCCAACACGCUACCAAUGAGUCAAGUCAACACUAUUCAAGCCGAGGCCAGUGAUGAAGACGAGGGUAUUCAGGGAGCCGAGAUUAUUGGGCUCACCAUGGACGGCGGCCCAAUCAUCCACUUCAAGGAUGCAGUGCCCUACAACAUGCCAGAAUCGAGCGAAAUUAUCGGGCGUUGCUCCAACGACAAACCUAUUGUAAUCUGUCGGCGCGAUGGCUUUCAACUGAUUUACAAUGGUAUGGACGAACGAACGCCAUCUCCUAACCCGGCUGGUAAGAGCACUAGGUGA